AAUAGAAAUGAAAAGCAAAUUUAUCUAAAUUCGGUUUUCGCCGACAAGAAAAUGGAGAUCUCUCAAGGUACAGUACAUAAAUAGACGCAAAAACCAUACCAAAGUGAGUAAAGUUGUUUCAGUCUCUACUCCAGAAAGAGAUCUGCGUCGUCUCGCACAUAGAGACCAUGGCGCACCAAUUUGAUGAUCACAUGGAAGAAGAAGAAGAUGAAGAAGAAGAAUUAGAGGGGCAUUUGUCAGAGUUUGUGGAUCGGGAAUACUACGGCGGAGGUGAUGGUGAAGAAAUGGGCUUUGAUGAUUAUGAUAUGCUUACAAAGGUGACUGACACAUCAUCUGCCCAAGCGAGGAAAGGAAAAGAUAUUCAGGGUAUUCCUUGGGAUAGAUUGAAUAUAACGAGGGAAAGCUAUAGAUUGACGAGGCUAGAACAGUAUAGGAAUUAUGAGAACAUCCCUUUAUCAGGCGAAGUAGUAGAUAAGGAAUGCAAACAAAUGGAAAAGGGUGGGAAUUACUAUGAGUUCUUUUACAAUACAAGAUUGGUGAAGCCAACAAUCCUCCAUUUUCAGCUGAGGAACUUGGUAUGGGCUACUUCAAAACAUGACGUGUAUCUCAUGUCUAAUUAUUCAGUUAUGCACUGGUCAUCAGUAUCUAGCAAUCUGUCAGAGGUCAUCAAUUUUUCUGGACAUGUAGCACCUACUGAGAGACAUGCGGGAAGCUUGUUAGAAGGUUUUACACAAACUCAGAUCAGCACGCUAGCAGUGAGGGAUAAUUUUCUGGUUGCAGGGGGGUUUCAUGGAGAACUUUCUUGUAAGUGUUUAGAUAAACCUGGAGUAACCUUCUGUACAAGGACCACUUACGAGGAUAAUGCCAUAACAAAUGCAAUUGAAAUAUAUGACAGUUUGAGUGGCGGAGUCCAUUUUAUAGCAUCCAAUAAUGAUUGUGGUGUAAGGGAAUAUGACAUGGAGAGGUUUCAGCUUUUGAGUCACUACCACUUCCCUUGGCCAGUGAAUCAUACGUCUGUCAGCCCAGACCGCAAGCUUACUGCUAUUGUGGGAGAUCAUCCUGAUGGAUUGCUUGUGGAUUCGCAGAAUGGAAAGACUGUUGCCUCGGUAGUGGGUCACCUAGACUACUCGUUUGCAUCCGCAUGGCAUCCAGAUGGACACACAUUUGCCACGGGGAAUCAGGACAAAACCUGCCGCGUGUGGGAUUUGAGAAACUUGUCAAAGCCGAUUGCAAUCCUCAAGGGCAACAUGGGUGCUGUCCGUUCAGUCCGAUUUUCAUCGGAUGGACAGUUUCUGGUGGUGGCCGAACCAGCAGAUUUUGUUCAUGUUUAUAGUACCAAGGCAGAUUACAAGAGGCGGCAAGAGAUCGACUUCUUUGGGGAGAUCUCUGGAGUUGCUCUGAGUCCAGAUGAUGAGUCUCUCUAUGUUGGCAUAUGGGAUCGGACUUAUGCAAGCUUGCUACAGUAUAACAAGAAACACAUGUAUGGAUAUCUUGAUUCGAUUAUGUGAUUCUGCAAAUGUUGUUCCUCUCUCUCUCUCUCUUGGGAUAUUUUUGAUACAGUUGGUGUGCUCAGCCUUGAUGAGGGUAAAGUGAUUUUUGUUUGAAGCUUUUGAGCCCGGAUGUGUACAGUUACACGUCAUAUUUGCUUGGAAAGUAAAGCCUUUAUCCCUUGAUGAGUAGUGUGGAGGAUUUGAAUCCAUGGAGUAAAAUGCACCUGGCUUGUUGCUGGUUUUGGUUAGCGUUUUAGAUAUCCGCCGUUGCAUAUUGUAUCUGCUAUUAUGUAUCGAAAUUUUGAACUUUCUAAUAUUAUUAUUCAUCACUAUUAUCAACAGGUGUCGUUUGAUGUUACCCAAUAUAUAAUUGUAUUUCUAAAAACUAUCCUGAUAUUGUUAGUUAGAUCCAUGAUUUUCGUCA